AUGGAUGAUAGACAACCUCUGCUAAACGUAUCCAAUAAAUUCUCUAUUGAUGAUGGUGAUGAUGAUGAUGAUAAUGGAAACAAGAAACAACUUUUGACCAAUAGUUUUUCUGAUUGGUGUCGAUGUUUCAGUAGAAAAGGGAAAGAUAAUAAAUAUAUAAAAUUAGAUGAUGAUACUGAACAUAGUGACAAAGAUGAAGCAGUUGGUAUUUUCCGUUUAUUUCGAUUUGCAAAUCGUAUGGAUUUUCUCACCGCUAAGGAAGCAAUGAAUGAGUUGAUGACAUAUUCGAAAGCGGGACAAAUCGCUCAAGAAGUGUUUAGUUCAUUACGAACUGUUCUUUCCCUCAAUGGUAGUAAGUUUGAGCAAAAACGAUAUGACAGAGAAUUGUAUCCAACUUGCUGGAGUAGUAUACGCAAAGGUGCAGUUUUUGGGAUUUUUAUUGGAUGGUUAUCUCUGAUAACCUACUUAGUUUAUUCAGUUGGUUUUAUCUUUGGUUCUCUUCUUAUGUCACACAAAGAUGAUCAUACAUUGAAUAUUAGUGAUAUUCUUGUCGUCGUCUCAAUCUUUGCAACAGGUUUAAAUUUCUUCAGUUUUAUUGGUCCUUUCUUUCAAUCAUUUUCAGAAGCUCGAGGUGCAGCAGCAUCGGUGUUUCGACUUAUUGACGAGGGGAAUGAUGCAAGUGUCAAUGAAAUAGAUGUAUGGAAAGAGGAUAAAGAAGCUAUUUAUAAUCUCAAUGGUGACAUUGAAUUUGACAAUAUCAACUUUAGUUAUCCAUCUCGAAAAGAUGCAUCAGUUCUGCGUAAUCUCGCUCUUAUUGCUCGUGCUGGUGAGACAACUGCUCUCGUAGGUUCAAGUGGCUGUGGAAAAAGUACAUGUAUAUCACUUUUUCUUCGUUACUAUGAACCAUCAUCUGGUCGAAUAAUGAUCGAUGGUCGGCCAAUAACAGAUUACAAUGUCAAACAACUUCGACAAAACAUUGGAGUUGUUAGUCAAGAACCUAUUCUGUUUGGUAUGAGUAUUUAUGAAAAUAUUCGUUUUGGUAAAGUAAAUGCAACACAAGCAGAAAUUGAACAAGCAGCACGAGAAGCAAAUGCACAUAAUUUCAUCAUGCAAUUACCAGAUAAAUAUGAAACACUUGUUGGUGAACGUGGUAUACAGUUGAGUGGUGGUGAAAAACAACGUAUUACAUUAGCUCGUGCUCUUGUCAAACAGCCAAUAUUUCUUUUACUGGAUGAAGCAACAAGUGCACUUGAUAAUAUUAGCGAAAAAAUUGUUCAAGAAGCGCUCGAUCGAGCAUGCAAAGGUCGUACAACUAUUGUCAUUGCUCAUCGUUUGACAACAAUUCAAAAUGCUCAUCAUAUAUAUGUAUUAGAUAAUGGAAGUGUGAUUGAGCAAGGUACACAUGAAACAUUAAUGGCAAAAGAAGGAGGCAAAUAUCAAACAAUGGUUAAACGUCAACAAAUGGAAAGAAUCAAUGAUGAUCAAGAUGAUAUGAUGAGCAUACAAAAAGCGACAGAAGAAGAUGAAAAGUCGACAUUUGAACGCUCUCAUUUACUUAGCGAUAGUCAAACUGUUGAUGUGAACAAACAAACUACAAGGCCACUCAGUCGAAGAUUUGUCUUUUUAAGGCUCUUGUCAAUGAAUAGUCCUGAAUGGAUCACUAUCUUGAUUGGUUGUAUAGCAUGUGUACUUAAUGGAGCAGCUCAACCUUUGUGUGCAUUUUUACUUACUCAAAUAGUCGAAGUGAGUGAUCCAUUCAUACAAAUAUUGUUCAAAAAUAUCAACAAUGUACAUCGUUUGUCUAGUUGUAUCGCUGCAUCACUGUCGGCUGCUGAAACGUUUUUUGAUUUAUUUGAUCGAAAACCAGUAAUAGACAAUACAUCUAUUGAAGGACAAGAAUUGGUGGACUUUCAUGGAGAGAUAAAAUUCGAUCAAGUCAAAUUUAUCUAUCCAGCUCGGCCAACAUCCAUUAUUCUUAACAAAUUUCAAUUGAAUAUCAAGGCAAGUCAACGUGUGGCUCUUGUUGGUACAUCCGGAUGUGGAAAAUCAACAAUUAUUCAACUGUUGGAACGAUUCUAUGAUGUUACAAGUGGUCAACUACUUAUUGAUGGCAUCGAUAUUCGACAACUAAAUCUUCAUUGGGUUCGUUCUCAAUUCGGUCUUGUCAGUCAAGAACCAAUUUUGUUUGAUUUAACGAUUGCUGAAAAUAUUGCAUAUGGUUUAGAAAAUGUUCCAAUGGAAGACAUUAUCAAUGCAGCAAGAAAAGCUAAUAUUCAUCAAUUUAUUGAACAAUUACCUCAGGGUUAUGAAACAAAAGUAGGGAUGAAAGGCAGCCUUCUGUCAGGUGGCGAAAAGCAACGUAUUGCUAUUGCUCGAGUUCUUCUUCGUCAACCCAAAGUAUUGCUCUUAGAUGAAGCUACAAGUGCCAUGGAUUCGCACAAUGAACAAAUUGUACAAGAAGCUCUUGAACAAGCCCAAACAGAAGAUUCUAGUCGAACAUCACUCAUUAUUGCUCAUCGCCUUUCAACUAUUCGUUCAUGUGAUUUGAUUUGCGUACUUGAUAGAGGAUACAUAGUGGAGAGUGGUACUCAUACAGAAUUGACACAACAACAUGGUGCUUAUUAUAAAAUGCUUGCUCAAAACAAUUUACAAUGA